AUGGCGCAACAAGAAAAUCAACUGGACGGAAAACAAUUCUGCUGUUCGAUCUGUCUGGAUCUGCUGAAGGUUCCCGUGACUAUUCCCUGUGGACACAGCUACUGCAUGGGCUGUAUCAAUACCCACUGGACCAAUGAGGACAAGAAGGGAACCUACAGCUGCCCUCAGUGCAGACAGAGCUUCACACCGAGGCCUGUCCUGGUGAAAAACACCAUGUUGGCCUAUUUAGUGCAGGACCUGAGGAAGUCCGGACUCCAAGCUGCUCCUGCUGACGGCUGCUGCUACGCCGGAGCUGAAGAUGUGGCCUGUGACGUCUGCACUGGGAGAAAACUAAAAGCCCUCAAGUCCUGUUUGGUUUGUCUGGUCUCUUAUUGUGAGAAACACCUGCAGCCUCAUUACGAAGCAGCUCCGUUUGAGAAGCACAAGCUGGUGGAGCCCUCGGAGAAGCUCCAGGAGAACAUCUGCUCCCGUCACGGCGAGGUGAUGAAGAUGUUCUGCCGCACCGAUCAGCAGUGCAUCUGUUACCUCUGCCCUGUGGAUGAACACAAAGGUCACGACACGGUGUCAGCGGCAGCAGAAAGGACCGAGAGGCAGAGGGAGCUGGAGCUGAGCAGGGAGAAGAUCCAGCAGAGAGUCCAGGACAGAGAGAAAGACGUGAAGGAGCUUCAGCUGGAGGAGGAGGCCGUCAAUGGCUCUGCUGAUAAAGCAGUGGAGGACAGUGAGGAGAUCUUCACUGAGCUGAUCCGUCUGCUGGAGAAAAGAAGCUCUGAUGUGAGGCAGCAGAUCAGAUCCCAGCAGGAAACCAAAGUGAGUCGAGUCAGAGAGCUUCAGGAGAGACUGGAGCAGGAGAUCACUGAGCUGAAGAGGAGAGACGCUGAGCUGAAGCAGCUCUCAGACACAGAGGACCACAACCAGUUCUUGCAGAGCUACUCCUCCCUGUCACCGCUCAGAGAGUCCACACACUCAUCCAGCAUCAGCACCCGGCCUCAGAGGUUCUUUGAGGAUCUGAUGGUCGCCGUGUCAAAGGUCGGAGAUCAGCUUCAGGCCAUUCUGAGCGAGACACGGACAAACGAUUCACCGACGGUGACUCCGGCUGUUGUUACACUGUCCCAACGAGAGCCCAAGACCAGAGCUGACUUCCUAAAGUAUUCACAGGAACUCACACUGGAUCCAAACACAGCAAACACGCGUCUCUUAUUAUCUGAGGGGAACAGAAAAGCAACAUUUAUGAACAAAAAGCAGUGUUACCCUUGGCACCCGGACCGAUUCUCGAUUUGGUGUCAGGUCCUGAGCAGAGAGGGUCUGACGGGACGCUGCUACUGGGAGGUGGAGUGGAGCGGAAGAGGAGUUUAUGUCGCUGUCGCCUACAAGAACAUCAGCAGAGCAGGGAACUCCUGCGAAUGUGGAUUUGGACUCAACGACAAAUCCUGGACGUUAGAUUGUGACCGAUACAGUUAUAACUUUUACCACAACAAUCUCAAAACUCCACUGUCGGGGCCGCAGUGCUCCAGAGUCGGAGUGUACCUGGAUCACGGCGCCGGCGUUCUGUCCUUCUACAGCAUCUCCGCCGCCAUGACGCUCCUGCACAGAGUCCAGACCACGUUCACUCAGCCGCUCCAUGCUGGACUGUGGCUUUAUUACGGAGACACAGCUGAGUUCUCUGGCCUCAAAUAG